AUGGAUCUGCACCAUCGGAAGUCCAGUUCCCAGGACACAGUGACCUUCCCUGAUGUGGCUGUGAGCUACUCCCCAGAUGAGUGGCUGUACCUGGACAGCUCUCAGAGGAAAUUCUAUAGAGAUGUGAUGCUGGAGACCUACCAGCACCUGUGGGCCAUAGAUAAGAGCCACCCUGGGGCACUGUUGAAGAUCAGACCCUUUGGGGGAAAUCACAUAUCAGACAUGGUGACCUUCUCCGAUGUGGCUGUGAUCUUCUCCCCAGGGGAGUGGCUGUGCCUGGAUGCCUCUCAAUGGAAACUCUACAGAGAUGUGAUGUUGGAGACCUACCAGCACCUGAGGGACAUAGGACAGUGCAGGGUGAAGCCUGUGCUGAUCUCCUGGUUGGAAGAAGGAGCCCUUGGUAAGCUGCAGAGAGGUGUGUUUGAAGGAGAGAAGUCUUAUAUGUGUCAGGAGUGUGGAAAGUACUUCACUCAAUCUUCAAAGCUUAUUAAACACAUAAAUAUUCAUAAGGGAGUGAAGCCUUAUACAUGCCGGGACAGUGGAAAGGCCUUCACUGAAUCCUCAUUGCUUAUGCACAUGAAUGUUCAUAUUGGAGAGAAAAUGUAUUCAUGUCAGGAAUGUGGGAAAGCCUGCAUUCCAUCCUCAAACCUUUCUGGUCACAUAAAAAUUCAUACAGGAGAAAAGCCUUUUUCCUGCAGGAAAUGCAGAAAGGCAUUUUCUCGAUCCUCAAGUCUUUCUGAUCACAUGAAAAUUCAUACAGGAGAGAAGCCUUAUUCAUGUCAGGAGUGUGGAAAGGCAUUUCCUCGAUCCUCAGCCCUUAACACACACAUGAGAAUUCAUACAGGAGAGAAGCCUCAUUCAUGUCAGGAGUGUGGAAAGGCAUUUGCUCGAUCCUCAAACCUUUCUGAUCACAUGAAAAUUCAUACAGGAGAGAAACCUUAUUCAUGUCAGGAGUGUGGAAAGGGAUAUGCUCAAUCCUCAGACCUUAACAAACACAUUAAAGUUCAUACAGGAGAGAAGCCUUAUUCAUGUCCAGAGUGUGGAUAGGCAUUUGCUCAAUCCUCAAGCCUUUCUGAUCACAUGAAAAUUCAUACAGGAGAGAAGCCUUAUUCAUGUCAGGAGUGUGGAAAGGCAUUUCCUCGAUCAUCAGCCCUUAACAGACACAUGAAAAUUCAUACAGGAGAGAAGCCUUAUUCAUGUCAGGAAUGUGGCAAGGUAUUUGCUCAAUCCUCAGACCUUAACAAACACAUGAAAGUUCAUACAGGAGAGAAGCCUUAUUCAUGUUCGCAGUGUGGAAAGGCAUUUGCUCAAUCCUCAGUCCUUAACAUACACAUGAGAAUUCAUACAGGAGAGAAGCCUUAUUCAUGUCAGGAGUGUGGAAAGGCAUUUCCUCAAUCCUCAGCCCUUAACAGACACAUG